AUGCAAACACAGCACACACUCCCUGCCUGGUUUGGGAAUGAUGACCGCACCCCUCUCCUCCCGCCCUGUCCUGCCCUGCACUCUGACCUCCUGGAUGCUUCGGUUCCUCAUCUGAGCUCCCCGACCCUCCAGCUGGCUGGGGCCAGGCAGCCUCGUGGCCUGAACCUGACUAUGCCUCUGGGACCCCAAGCAGGUCCCGUGGCAGGUGUCCCAGGGGUCAAGGUCUCCAGUGGGCGCAUCGGUUACAGUGACAUGUUCAAGAUGCUGAAGCACAUGCCACCGCCCUUGGGGCUGGGGAAGAAAUGCCCUGCUCAUGUCACCUACAAGCCUCUGGUUCAAAUGAACACGCCCAUCUCCAAUGAAGACAUGACUGUCCACUUCACGUCCACGCUAAUGGCCCUCAUCUGGACCGCACUGGAGAUCAAACUGGCUCCAGCGGGCAUGAAGCAGCACCAGUGUGACGCAGAGCUGAGGAAGGAGAUUUCCUCUGUAUGGGCCAAUCUGCCCCAGAAGACCCUGGAUUUACUGGUGCCACCCCAUAAAUCCGAUGAAAUGACAGUGGGGAAAGUCUAUGCAGCUCUGAUGAUCUUCGACUUCUACAAACAGAACAAAACCACCAGAGACCAGACUCACCAAGCUCCAGGAGGCCUGUCCCAGAUGGGCCCUGCAUCCCUGUUCCACCCUCUGAAGGCCACACUGGAGCAGGUGCAGCCGGCUUUGCUCCGAGGAGCCCGCGUUUUCCUUCGGCAGAAGAGCUCAGCGUCCCUCAGCAACGGCGGGGCUGUAUAGACCCAAGAGGGCUGCAUUGAGGAAUCUGUUUCCCGAGUCACCCAGAAGGCCCAGAAGGCACCCCAGGAAGUGAGAACGCCCCUGGCACAUGGCCACUCCACAGAGAUCCCAGCGGUACAGCCAGGAAGAUCCGCCGUGGAUGUCCAGAUGCAGGGCAUGGCCCUGAGAGGCUCUGCUGGAGAACCCCAACCUGGGCUGGAGAGCCAGCGCUGAGCGGCAUCCAUGCCUCACCUGGCGGCAGACUCAGGUGGGUGGUCUGGGAAGCUUCCUGAGGACCCUGGACCCCAUGGGCCAGGGUCUCCUAGGCACCGUACCUCUAGUCCCCACUCUCAGGCUGUGCACCUUCCCUGUCCACUCCUGCAGCCACCCCCAGAUGCCAGCCCCAUGAAGCGUUCCAUCUCCACGCUGGCUCCCCAGCGCCCCCGUGUGGCUCAUCUCUUUAAUGCUACCCUGGACAGUGCACCAGCCAGCCAGGCUGCUUACCACCACCACCACCACCACCACCACCACCACUGCCAUCGCCGCAGGGACAGGAAGCAGAAGUCCCUGGAGAAGGGGCCCAGCUUGUCUGCAGACAUGGAUGGUGCACCCAGCAGCACUGCGGGCCCAGGGCCGCCCCAGGGAGAGGGGCCUGUGGGCUGCCAGAGGGAGUGCAGGCAGGAGCGCGGCCGGUCCCAGGAGCGGAGGCAGUCUUCCUCCUCGGAGAAGCAGCGCUUCUACUCAUGUGACCGCUUUGGGGGCCGCGAGCCCCCACAGCCCAAGCCCUCUCUCAGCAGCCACCCUACGUCGCCAACGGCCGGUCAGGAGCCAGGACCCCUGAGACAGGGUAGUGGUUCAGUGAAUGGGAGCACCUUGCUGUCAACAUCUGGUGCUAGCGCCCCUGGCCGUGGUGGGCGGAGGCAGCUCCCCCAGACCCCGCUGACCCCCCGUCCCAGCAUCACCUACAAGACGGCCAACUCCUCCCCUGUCCACUUUGCUGGGGCUCAAGCAAGCCUCCCUGCCUUCUCCCCUGGUCAGCUUAGCCGUGGCCUUUCUGAACACAACACCCUGCUCUAGAGAGACACCCUUAGCCAGCCCCUGGCCCCUGGCUCUCGAAUAAGCUCUGAUCCUUACCUGGGACAGUGUUUGGACAGCGAGGCCACUGCCCACACCCAGCCUGAGGACACACUCACCUUCGAGGAGGCUGUGGCCGCCAACUCAGGCCGCUCCUCCCGGACUUCCUACGUGUCCUCCCUGACUUCCCAGUUCCAUCCCCUCCGCCGUGUGCCCAACGGCUACCACUGUACUCUGGGGCUCAGCUCUGGUGGCCGGGUACGACACAGCUACCACCACCCAGACCAAGACCACUGGUGCUAGCUGCACCAUGGCCGCCACCGCCACACUCCUGCUCAGUGGGCAGAGUCCAGCUGAUGAGUUUUAUCAUCCACACUGGGCUCCCAGGGACACUCGGGGGCCUUGCCUCCUGGGCCAGCUGGGUGGAGGCCCUGCUGCUCCUCUCUCUUCUCUCACACUGGAUGGAUCACUGAUGACCAUUCUAGAGGGAUGAGGCUCUCUCCAUCCCCUAGUGUGCUGCCUUCCUGGGUCUCAUACUGUAGACCCGACACAGGAGGUGGUGGCGUGUGAUGAGCCGGAUUCAGGGAGUCUGAAUCCUGUGAGAUGGACCCCAGCAUCAGUGUUAUGUGCUUGGAAUCCUUUUUAGGAAGUCUGAAUCUUGUGGGGGGGCAUCCUUUAUCCAAAUGUGUGGUACAGAGAAGCAGACCACGUCUAAAAGUGUGGUGAGACCUCAGGAUGGAGUCAAUGGCAGACAGCACCUUGGGAGCCUGGCCGUGGCUCUGUGCAGGUCUUGUCAGCAUCCACAAACACACACAUGUCUGGCAUCACUCUUCAUAAUUUGAUCAGCAAGUGGACACUAGAAAUACACUCAAAUGCUCUCUGUCCUCUCCCAGACAUUGUCAACUGUGCAAGGACCAAAUCCAAAAAUGUUUUUGCCAUUCAUUUUGUGUUUUAAUCCCAAUGCCCUUCACUCUUGGCAAUUCUAUGUAUUUGAUCCAGAAAAAACAGAGAAGCAGAAAAAUGGGGAAAGAAAUAUUAACAUAACUUAAAAAAAGUCAAACCCUUAGGAAGAUCUCAACUUAUCAUGAUGCAUGUGUGUGUGUGACUUGUACAAGGAGAUGUGCUCCCAUCCAGUCCAGGCAGCCCCCCAGAUUAUCCCUCGCUCCUGCCACUCUCCGCCAAGUGCCUGACUCUGAGCCCUCUUGUGCUGGGCUCCUGGUGGCCGUGACGUGGGGCCUGUGUGAACUGUGGGUGGGUUUUGUGGAAACCAAUUCAAACAGCAGCCAGGUAAAAGGCUGAUGCCGAUAGAGAACACUGAGAUAAAUGACAUCCAAGAGGGUGGGUGCAGUUGGAAAUGGGUUGACCAUUUCCCCCUUUCCUCCAGUCACGGAAGGGUUUCCUGAUAAGCCACAGAGCAGUGUAGGACGUGUGCUUGCUGGGGGCACUCAAUCUGUUCUCCAUCUUAUUCUCAGGGACAGGCCGUGAUCUGUGUUGUCAGGAAGUUUCACAUAAGGCCAGAGAAGAGGGAGAGAUUGGAUGGGUGGGGGUGGUUGGGGACAGGGCCCAUGGGGCAGGAGGGAGGGCCAUGUCUGAGCAGGUGUGGGCAGUUGGGACUCCCAACUGAAAUGAGGCUGAAAUUCAGGAGAAACAGCCAAUGAAGGAGAAACUCAGCCACUGUGGCUCAGGGAGGGGCAUCUGAAGCCCAGCAGUGUUUCUGGCACGAGAUGCGGGAAAGCCAGCCACGGACGUGCAGCCUCAUGGCCACUCCCACAGGGAAAAGACUGGUUAGGACUCUGUGCAUAAAAUGGGGGGAGACUGUACACUUGGGGCACAAAGGAAGUGUUUACACGUGUCGAUCUGCUGUGUCCUCCAUGUCUUGAGAUGUCAGCUGGUUUCUUUGAUGGAUCAUCUGAGUGCUCCCAUUGGCCUUCAACCUGUGAUUCUCCUUAAAGAAACAGUGUGUGGUGUGAGUGUGCAUGUCUGUGUGUGGAGUGUGUCCAGUGAGUGGAUGCCAAAAACCCACAGGGCUAUGCAACAAAAAAGAAGCACGUUUAAUGGAAACAAAACACACAAGGCUGCCACCUGUUCUAGAGUUUCAGCAUGAUUGUGACCAAACCAUUUUAUGGACUUUCUUUACUUGAAGGCACAACACUCUGAGACUUUAAGAUAACAGAGUAUUUCACUCCAGUAGGUCGGUGCAUGUGAUUGCUGCACUCCUGUUGCAAAACAGAAGGAUGUGUAUUUUGAUACUAAUGUUUGUCUCUGCUCCCCAGCCUAUGUUAUUUUGAAUGUAUCCUUUCUGUGCAGAACCA